GAGAAGCCAGCAGAAGGGACACAAACAGACAGUCCUGAGUGUGGCUGCUGAAGGGUGACAGCUUUAGGCCUGACUUGGUCUGUGAGGGUGGGCUAUGCUAUAAGAUGGCGUCCAGCUCUGUUUUUCUGUCCAGUAUGGUGGGUAAAGCUCGCUCCUCCAACUUCACCCUCUCUGAGAAGCUGGACCUGUUGAAGCUGGUCCGUCCUCACAUCCGCAUCCUGGAGGAGCACACCAACAAACACGCUGUCAUUGUGGACAAGAACAAAUGCUGGGACACUGUGGCUGAGCAGUACAACGCACUGGGAGGGGACAGACCCCACCGGACUGCUCAGGGCCUCCGGACCCUCUACAAGAGGCUGAAGGAGUCAGCCAAACAGGAAGUGAUGCAGCGGAGACACGCCCAGCCAGAGUACAGAGCGAGCAUCUCUGAGCCAACCAGGAGAAUUAUGGAGAUGAUCCCUCACCUGUUUCACCACGUGCCCAUCCAUGAAAAGGACCAGGCACUACGCAGAUUAAUAUACAACAAGCACAACUCUCCCAUCGAACCUCCUGGCAGCAGCUCCUCUCUGGCUGGACUCCAGGACUACUCAGCAGCUGUCCCAAGUAUUCCCCAUGAGGUGGUCCAGCUGGACCCUGAAGAUGAUGUCAAACCACCGCCCGAUCUCCCCAUUCUCUCCUCGCAUGCAGGGUCUGGGCUGGAGGCAGGCCAGGAGCAGGAGGGGGAGCAGGACUUGGGCAGCAUCCACAAUUACGAAGGAUCCCUAUCGCCCGCCCCUUCCUCUGUUAACAUCCCUCUCUCUGCCUCGCCGCUGCCGUUAGGCCACGACCUCUACCCCAACGACAUCUACCCACACCACCAGCCCGACAGGUUUCGCCCCCUGCACCUCGCCAGAGAGGAGCAUGAGCUGGUGCUUGCCAAUCACAGAAAAGUUGCCAUUUACCUGGAGGAGAAGAGGGAGGGGCUGAAGAGGAAGCAGGAACUGGAGGAGGAACUCCUGAGAGCCAAGAUCAAAGUUGAGAAACUGAAGGCUGCCCGACUUAGACACGGACUGCCAAUUCCUCUAUAA